AGGAACUUCACCCGUUACCCGGGAAUGUUACAAGAGGCAACAUCUCGGCCCGCUUCCCCCAAGCCAAACCAGAGAGUGCCGAAGAACGUAGCGACUUCUGAAGCCAUCCAGAAACACAAGAAAAGUUUGGCGGAUUGGUUUCGCCGGCAGCCCAACGAGGAGAGGCAGUUUGGACCUUCCUUCGCCCUGGAUGCCACCCACGUCGACCCAGUGAUCCGGGAGAGCUCCCUGGAGGAGAUCUUGAAGCCUUCUCCAGACCUGACCAUCCAGAACCAACUCCAAGGUUCUUGCUCUCAUACCAUUGGUCUCCAGAAUCUUUUUGACGAGGACCUCUGCGGGCAAGAAGUGAAGAACGUGGUCCUCUACGGGACGGUGGGCACCGGGAAGAGCACCCUCAUCAAGAAGAUGGUGAUGGACUGGUGCCGUGAGCAACUUCCUCAGUUUGAGCUGCUCCUCCCCUUCUCCUGCGAAGACCUUUCCCAGGGCAGCAGCCCCGUGUCUCUGCGCCGCCUGGUGACCAAGAAAUACCUCCAUUUGCGGGAUGUGGCCCCACUCCUUGGCUCCACCAACCUCAAAGUGCUCUUCAUCCUUAAUGGCCUUGACCGACUCAACCUGAACUUUCGCCUGGCCCGCACUGAGCUCUGCUGUGACCCCAAUGAGCCCCUCUUGCCGGCUGCCAUUGUCGUCAACCUCCUCAGGAAGUACAUGAUGCCCGAGGCCAGCAUCAUUGUCACCACUCGUCCUUCUGCAGCACGCCGGAUCCCCAGCAAGUUUGUGGGACGCUACGUUGAAGUCUGUGGCUUCUCGGACCUCAACCUCCAGAAGCUUUACUUCCAGAUGCGCCUACGGCAGCCUGAAUGUGCCGGAACGUCUGGUCCCCCGACAGCAGAGCAGGCCAACGAGCAGGACAACCUGUUGGAGAUGCUCUCCAGGAAUCUGGAGAGGCACAACCAGAUCAUGGCUGCCUGCUUCCUCCCGUCUUAUUGCUGGUUGGUCUGCACGACUUUGCACUUCCUUUAUUUCACCAAGGCGGUGCCGCCGACGCAAACGCUGACGGGCAUCUACACCAGCUUCCUACGGCUCAACUUCAGCGGGGAAGUGCUGGACAGCACCGAUCCCUCCAACAUCUCCAUGAUGAAGUACGUGGCCAAGACGGUGGGCAAGUUGGCCUACGAAGGGGUGAUGUCUCGGCAGACCUGCUUCGCGGAGAAGGAUCUCCGCCGCUGCUUUGAGGUGGAGAUGAAGACGGAGAGCGAGCUGAACCUCUUGAACACCUUCCGGAGUGAUGUUCUCCGCUUCUUCUUGACUCCCUGCGUUCAGUCGGGCAAGGAGCACACGUUCGUCUUCACCAUCCCAGCCAUGCAAGAGUACCUGGCUGCCCUUUACGUGGUCUUGGGGGAGAAGAAGACGCUGGUGCAACGGGUGGGCAAGGAAGUCUCUGAGAUCAUUGGGAAGGUCAGCGAAGACGUGGCCCUGGUGCUUAGCUUGGUCACCAAAUUCUUGCCGCUGCGGAUCCUGCCCCUCCUCUUCAACCUCAUCAAGAUCUUCCCCCGCUACUUCAGCCGGUUCGGUACCAAGGACCGGGACACCAUUGCCCGCACCAUGGCAGUGGAGAUGUUCAAAGAGGAGGACUACUUCAACGAGGAUGUCCUGGACCAGAUCAACUUCAGCAUCCUUGGGGUGGAAGGUCCCAUGCGCCACCCGGAUGAAGCUUCCGACGAUGAGGUCUUUGAGCUCUUCCCCAUCUUCAUGGGCGGGUUGCUGUCCCAGCGUAACCGGGCCAUCUUGGACCAGCUGGGCUGUCCUAUCAAGAACCUGGCCGCUUUCGAGAUCGCCAAGGCCAUGAAGAAAACGGUCAUCCGGAAUAGCCGCAAGGGAUUGCCGCCAUCUGAGCUGAUGGACUACCUCUUCUUUCUGCACGAGUUCCAGAACGAGCGCUUCACGGCGGAGGCCAUCCAAUCCUUGAGGACCAUCAACCUCUCUUCGGUGAAGAUGACCCCUCUCAAAUGCGCGGUCCUGGCUUCCGUGGUGGGCACCACGAGCCACGACGUCGAGGAGCUCAAUCUUGCCUCUUGCCAUCUCGAUGUGGGCAGCCUGAGGACCCUCUUCCCCAUCUUGCUACGAUGCAAGAAACUCCAGUGA